GGCAUCAACAGGAAUACAUCACUAUGCGUUCUUGCAUUCAAAAACAGAAUGUAAUGCUGCAAUGACAAAUGAAUAAAAAGCAAUGCUCAUGACGCGAGACGCGACAUUAAAAGAUGACCGCCUGUGUUCAUAAACCAAAAUUUAAAAUUGCACAGACUGAACUCAAGAACGCGUCCUGUGUUUGUGUUCCUUGACAAACGUUUAAAACGUAUUGUUUAAAUUAUGAGAUUUGAUUAUAGACACGUUACAGAAUGGGUUCAGUCUCACACACUGAAGACAAAGGGUCCUCCUACUACCAGAGGACUGAGAGGGCGGAACUUUUACAAAGUUUUACUGAAACACAGUUCGCUGCUCAUCUGUAGUAAGUGCAGUCGUCCCAGUUGAAUUAACGGAGCCCAAAAUCGCCCAUGCACCGGAUUCACAGACUUUAUCAUGCUUCAUCAUUUAUCUCGGACUGAUGACCAUUGCAGAUCUCUGGCUUAAUAAAUGCAGUACCGUUCUUUUGUGUGAUGGGUCCAAACUACCGAUGCAUAAGGCUGAGGCAGAAGUUACUAUUCAAACUAUCACAAUUUAAAUGGACUGUAGAUGUACCAGGAGUGAUCUGUCUUCUCCUCUGUGCAGUUUGACAUGAUGGUUCAGUUGGACUGUGGUAUUAAAGUUUUGGGGCCAGCAAGUUUCUCUCUCUGCUUUGUGAUAACAGCUGGACUUCUGUUCACUUUCAUCACAACAGUUAGAGGAUAUAAUCACGACACAGAUAGUUCUAUUGAUGGACUUCCCAACUAUGAAGUUGUUCAUCCUGUCAGAGUGGAUUCAUUAGGACAUAUUUUGUCCAAUCUUGUGUCCCACCGCGUGAGACGAAUUCAAAGGAGAGGGACAGUACAAAACAAAAAGAGCCUGGCCCAGGUUUUUUACCAUCUGCAGUAUGGUGGUCAAAACCUGCACUUUAACCUCACCCUAAACCCUCAUCUACUAGCACCUGGAUUCCUCACAGAGUGGAGAUACGGUGGUCUGCAAGGGUCUACAUUACAUAGCCAUGGCCACUCUCUCUGCUACUUCCUGGGAGAUGUCUGGAGCAGUACACUGAAGUGGGGUCAAGCAGCUCUGAGCACUUGCAAUGGCCUGACAGGGCUGUUCAAGCUCUCAGAAGAGGAAUUCUUCAUUAGUCCACUGGAGUCGGCACAAGAAGAAUCAGCCCCUCGCGCUCACGCAAUCUAUAAGCGACAUGCUGUCCAAUCAGAACACCAGCUGGUGCAGCCUCUGUUUAGGGAGCACACAGCUAACGCAACCUGUGGGGUCAGAGAUCCUUUAGGAGGGGCAAAGCAGGUGGAGAAGCAAAGAGAGCGCUGGGAGAGACGGCAACAUCGCAGACGGAUUAGACAGCGCUCCAUAAGCACUGAGAAGUGGGUAGAGACUCUUGUUGUGGCUGAUCCAAAAAUGGUGGAGUACUAUGGGAGCAAAGGAGUUGUGAACUAUGUGCUCUCUGUCAUGAAUAUUGUAGCAGGGUUAUUUCGGGAUGCCAGCAUUGGAAAUGCCAUCAACAUCGCUGUCGUGCGCCUCAUUCUGCUGGAAAAGGAUGAGGAGGAUUUGAAAAUCACCCAUCAUGCAGACAACAGCCUGAACAGCUUCUGUAAGUGGCAGAAAGGCAUCAAUAUGAAGGAUGAUGAUCAUCCAGUCCAUCAUGAUGUGGCUGUCCUCAUUACUAGAAAAGACAUUUGUGCUGCCAUCAAUAAGCCUUGUGAGACAUUGGGAUUAUCUCAUGUGGCUGGAAUGUGCCAACCUCAUCGCAGCUGCAGCAUCAAUGAAGAUACAGGCCUACCCCUCGCAUUUACAAUUGCACAUGAGCUUGGCCACAACUUUGGGAUUCAGCAUGAUGGGAACGGCAAUGACUGCGAGCCCAUUGGGAAAAGACCUUUCGUCAUGUCUCCACAGCUCCUGUAUGGAACCCCUCCACCCAACUGGUCACGCUGCAGCCGUGAAUACAUCACCCGCUUCCUCGAUCGAGGCUGGGGCUGGUGUCUGGAUGACCCUCCUGUCAGAAACGAUCUGGAGAUGGACUCUGCUCCCCCUGGCGUCCUGUACAGUGCUGCUCAUCAAUGCAAGUUCCAGUACGGAUCCAGCUCACUGCUCUGUGACGAUGUAGAUAAUAUCUGCAGCACCCUGUGGUGCACAGUGGGCUCAACCUGCCACUCGAGGCUGGAUGGCGCUGUGGAUGGGACCAAGUGCGGUGAGGGCAAGUGGUGUUUUGACGGGGAGUGUGUAGAGAUGGGCUUCCAGCCUAAAAGCAUAAAUGGUGGCUGGGAUACAUGGAGCGAGUGGUCCGAGUGCACCAGGACAUGCGGUGUAGGCGUUCAGAAUGCCCAGAGGGACUGCGUCAACCCUGUACCCAAGUAUGGAGGUAAAUACUGUCUCGGAGAGCGCCGCAGAUAUCGAACCUGUAACCGUGACCCCUGCCCUGCGGACCACAGCUUCAGACACAUCCAGUGCAGCCGCUUUAACACAAUCCCUUAUAAGGGAAAGUUUUAUAAAUGGAUACAUGUGAAUAACAGAGUUCAUCCGUGUGAGCUGCACUGUAGACCUGUGAAUGAGCACUUUUCUGAGAGGAUGCUGGACACUGUCGUAGAUGGAACACAGUGCUAUGAGGGAAGUGAGAGCCGCGACAUUUGCAUUAACGGAAUUUGUAAGUACUUAGGCUGUGAUUAUGAGAUUGACUCAGAUGCCAUUGAGGAUCAAUGUGGAGUGUGCCAUGGAAAUGGAUCUACAUGCGAGACAGUGAGGAAGACCUUUGAGGACAGUGAAGGGCACGGCUAUGUAGAUAUAGGUCUAAUUCCGGAAGGAGCACGGGACAUCAUUAUUGAGGAAGUCGCAGAGGCUGGGAACUACUUGGCAUUACGUAGUAAUGACCCUGAAAAAUAUUUCCUGAACGGUGGCUGGACAAUCCAGUGGAAUGGCGAGUAUAAAGCAGCAGGAACAGUAUUCACUUACGAAAGGACCGGGCAGCUGGAAAACCUAUCUUCCCCCGGACCAACCAUGGAGCCAGUAUGGAUUCAGCUGCUUUUUCAAGAGACCAAUCCAGGGGUGAGGUAUGAGUACACCAUAAGCAGAGACACUCUUGUCGACUCCAACAAUGGCACUGCUGUCUCUUAUUUCCAGUGGAUUUAUGGGGCUUGGACUGAGUGUAGUGCCACAUGUGGAACUGGUGUGCAGAGGCAAGUUGUGCACUGUGUGGAGAGAACAUCUGGAAUUGUUGAGGAACAUUACUGUGAUCCAUCAUCUAGGCCGGAUGACAAGCAAACUAACUGCAAUAAGGGGGCAUGUCCUGCCAUGUGGUGGGUUGGAGAGUGGCAAAAGUGUUCGUCUAGCUGUGGGGACAUUGGGCUUAGUAAGAGAACAGUGCUGUGUAUACGGAGCCUAGGGCUGGAUGAGCAACGAGCGCUUCAACCGGCUGAGUGUCAUCACUUGCCUAAGCCUGAGUCAAUUGUCCGUUGCAACACACAUGUGUCCUGUCCUGCUGACUGGACCACUGGAAGCUGGUCAGAGUGUUCAGUGAGCUGUGGAGCUGGUUCCCAGGCACGUGACGUGACCUGCAGCUGGAAUACUGGUGUGGACUGUGAUCCGAAAGCCAAGCCUAAUUCAACUAUGCCAUGCUAUCUUCAGGACUGCCCCAUAAACUUAGAUACCUUUGGCAACAACUGGUCAGGAAGUGGAGCAUCCAGCAAAGAAGUUUUCAAUGAAAUAAAAGUUAUAGCCCACUUCAGUACUACUAGAAAUCAGGCCAGGGGCAAUGCUGACCCCAAUGACAUUAUAGAAGACGAUUUCUCACAUUAUAGUCAUGUUGAAAAGUCCUCUGACAAUUCUAUUGUGAAAAAUCUUCAAGUUGAUGAUUUUUAUUAUGACUAUAAUUUUAUAAGGUUCCAUGAGGAUCUGUCGUAUGACCUUGAUAAAGCUGAAAAUUAUAUGUUUGAUAACUCAGGAAUAAAACAUGGAGACAUUUCUCUGACAGAGGCAGAUGUCCCUAUAACUACCUCAUCGCCAUCCACCACUGCGGACGAACACAGUACCACCACUAUGCGCUCUGACAGCAUUACAAACAAGGGUACUGAAAGUCAUGAACCUCAAAAGAAAGACGUACUCGAUGAAAAUAAUAAUGAGCUGUUUGCUGAGGACUAUUUCCUUCCUGUCAUUACAACAACUGAAACAUCCUCUGCAGCAACCAAGUUAUUUAGCACAUGGAAAAACAUUGAUAUUGGCUUAAGUCAGGACAUCAGUGUUACAAGGAACCCGCCAUUAACUGCAGAUGUGUUCACUCAGGACAAGCAGACAUUAUCAUAUGAAAUUGUUCCAAACAUCUUUUUAACUCCUGAACCACAUAUAGAUUUGAACAGAAAUUCAAAUAACCAUGACCAUUACAAAGGCAAUCAAAAAGACAAAACCAAAAUGCCAAUAACUGAAGAUGAAAAUGAAGAGGAGUUUGGUGAAGGUGAUCCUGGAGGUGAAAGUGAACCACACCAUGGCACUCAAAAUUAUAAACCUCAUUUAGAUUAUGUGUUUAAAUUUGAAACAUAUGAGAACAGACAUGUUAAUAAUCCCACUACUCCAUUACAAUGGAGUACAGCCUCACCAACAGUCUUACUGAGUGCAACUUCUCACCCAUUGGAGCUUCUCAGCAGUGCUACCAGUGAUGACUUUGCAAAAUAUAAGGUUUUGACCGAACCAGCAAUUUACACUAAGGCUAGUGAACCAUGGGUUAUCGUAAGAGAGUUCAUUACAACCUCAGAUAGCCUUUCUCAAGAGUAUGUUCCUUCUCCAACUUCUUCUGUCCCAGCCAAACAUUACAGUAGCAUGACCUCAGCAGCUGGAACAACAGCUCUACGUCCUACAGAAAUGGAAAGUGAUUUUAAGCCGGACACUACAAUUGCAGCAGAGACUCAAAGUUGGUAUUCUAAAGCCAUUGCACCAACAAAGACUAAUGGGCCUAGAAAAGAGCCUUGGGGAACUCCGGUCCCCUUACCUCAUUGGACAGAGAUUGACAACAAUAAGAUUGUUAUUGCCAAAAUGCUGAGACCUGCUAGGCUGAAUAACACUCUCUCAACUCUUACUGAGCAGCCAUCUCAGGGCACUAGCAAUGAGCAUUCAGUGCAUACUAACCCACUGAUGCCCACUGGGCUGGUCAUGCCUUCCCUUUCCACAUCAGCCUCCCCUGCACCCUGGAAAAAAGGCAACUGGAGUGCUUGCUCAACAAGUUGCGGGCUUGGUGCCAUCUGGAGGUCAGUGUCCUGCAGCACUGGUGAUGAAUCAGAAUGUGACUUAGCUACUAGGCCAGUGCCAGCACGUCGCUGCUACCUUCGACCCUGCUCCGCAUGGAAAAUUGGAGAGUGGAGUAAAUGUUCGAAGAAUUGUGGUGUAGGAGUGAAGGUCAGAGAGAUUCAGUGUUAUGACACACGAGAUCAGAGGUUGCUGCGGCCAUUUCAUUGCCAGGCCACCUCCCCCAGACCUUCUGUCCGAAUUCCCUGUAACAUCCACAACUGUUUAGAGUGGUACACAUCCUCUUGGGGGCAGUGUUCAGAGCUGUGUGGAGGUGGGGAGCAGCAGAGGCUGGUCACCUGCCCUGAAACUGAGAAAUGUGAUGAGGACCUACAGCCCAGCAAUAUCCAGGCUUGCAAUGUUCAUCCAUGCAACCAGUGGAUCAGUGGAUCCUGGGGUCAGGUGAGUGACACAUUCAGUUUCAAGUAUUUUAAGUCAGCCAGUUUAACAAUGUGUCUCUGCACUAGAUACAAAUCCAUCUACAUGUUUCUAAAUGUGUGAACAAAAUAACAAACAGAAUCAGAAUUAGAGAUACAUUGUGUGCUGGAUUUGGCUUAGAAUCUCAGAAUUUUAUUUAUAAAACUGCCUUCAGAAUUUAUAAAACUGCGUUUCAGAAACGAUCUUAGUUUACACUACACAACCUAAAAAGCAUGUCACGUGACCAUUCAUGCAGGUACAGCCAUAGAUAUGAAUAGGUAGAUUCCCUAUUAUUUAGAUCGUGGACGCGUCUAUGUGCUUGGAGCGAUCGAAUGGGGAAUCUACCUAU